AUGGAGGGUGUGAUGCAGGCCAUGAAGGGAAAAGGCAUUGCAGCCAUAGAUGGUUUGGUGCAGAAAACCAAUUUGCCAUUCAGCCCUUCGGUUGUGAAAUGCCCUUUGCCAAGCAAAUUUAGAAUACCCACAAUUGAGAGUUUCGACGGAACUAAAGAUCCCCUCGACCACUUGGAGACUUUUCAGGCGCUUAUGCACCUACACGCGAUGCCGGAUGAGAUCAUGUGCAGGGCUUUCCCAAUUACUCUUAAAGGAUCAACACGGGUAUGGUUCAACAAACUAAAGCCAGGAAUCAUCGAAACCUUUGAAGAAUUGAGUAAAGGCUUCGUGGGCCAUUUCAUUGCUGGCCAGAGGCAUAGAAGGCCGGCUACCCACCUCCUUACUGUGAAGCAACAGAAGGGAGAGUCACUGCGAGAUUACAUUAGUCGUUUUAACACGGAGAUGUUACAGGUGGAGGAAGCGGAUGACAAGGUGGCCCUAGCCGCCUUAAUGGGAGGACUUCAAACCUCAAGAUUUCUCUUCUCUUUAUCAGAGGAACCUCCUACCAACAUGGCCGAGUUAUUGGUUCGAGCUAAAAGACAUAUGAAUGCUGAAGAUGCAAUGAUUGCGAGAAAGGGAAAAGAAGGGGAGGAUAAGAAGUCAGACAAGAAAAGGCCGGCCCUGAUGAUCAGAGAUGAAAAGGAAACCAAGUAUAAGAAACCCAUGGUCAACCAGAAUGAAAGGGCAUCUCGCUAUAAGAACACGGAGAGGUAUACAAAUUACACUCCUUUAAAUAUGCCGAUAGAUAAAGUUUUCCUACAGAUCCAGGAUGAACCAUAUCUGAAGUGGCCACCGAAGUUGAAGUCAGAUCUGGCAAGGAGACCUCGUGAUAACUAUUGCAGAAUCGACAUUAACCCACUAAGAGCAGGCCGAGAUAACCACCCUCCUGAUCAACAACCAAUAGGAGAGAUCAGGGUCAUAGCCGGGGGGUGUGCAGGAGGUGGAGAAUCGAGCUCAGCCCGUAAGGCCUAUGCAAGGAGAAUGCGAAGCUCAUCUGAGGUGUGCGAAGCGGGAGUACAGAUUCAACAUCGAAAGAUGCCUCGUUUAGGUGAUCCAGUUAUUACAUUCUCAGAUGAAGACAUGAAAGAUGUGCAGCAACCUCAUGACGACCCUCUUGUCGUCACCAUGAUGAUCGCUAACUAUAAUACUCGGUGA